GCCCCCGGGCCCGCCACCCUGCGCGCGCCGCCCCCCUCGCCCCGGGGGCGCAGCUGAUCCCGGAAUCCGAGGCGUGGAGCCGGCGGGGCGCGGGGUCCCUCUCCACGCCGGCUUCGGGGACACGCGUCACCCCCACAUCUCUGCCCGGGACGACCCAUCUGCCCGGCCACGUCCAUGCCAAGGGCUCCCUGCUUCACGCUGACAUGGCUGACAGCAACUUGCCACCCUUAUCUGCAGCAGUCCCGGCCCCUGAGCCGGGAAUCACUGAGCAGCCAGGGCCCCGGAGUCCCCCUCCGUCCCCUCCAGGCCUGGAGGAGCCACUGGAUGGAACCAAUCCUGAAGUCCCACACCCAGACCUGGCACCUGUUGCCUUCUUUUGCCUGCGCCAGACCACGAGCCCCCGGAACUGGUGCAUCAAGAUGGUAUGUAACCCGUGGUUCGAGUGUGUGAGCAUGCUGGUCAUCCUGCUGAACUGUGUGACCCUGGGCAUGUACCAGCCAUGUGACGACAUGGAGUGCCUGACAGACCGUUGCAAGAUCCUGCAGGUCUUUGAUGACUUCAUUUUCAUCUUCUUCGCCAUGGAGAUGGUGCUUAAGAUGGUGGCCCUGGGCAUUUUUGGCAAGAAGUGCUACCUCGGGGACACAUGGAACCGCCUGGAUUUCUUCAUUGUCAUGGCAGGGAUGGUCGAAUAUUCUCUGGACCUUCAGAACAUCAACCUGUCAGCCAUCCGCACUGUGCGUGUCCUGAGGCCCCUCAAAGCCAUCAACCGUGUACCCAGCAUGCGGAUCCUGGUGAACCUACUGCUCGACACACUGCCUAUGCUGGGAAAUGUGCUCCUGCUCUGUUUCUUCGUCUUCUUCAUCUUUGGCAUCAUUGGUGUGCAGCUCUGGGCAGGCUUGCUGCGGAACCGCUGCUUCCUGGAGGAGAACUUCACCAUACAAGGGGAUGUGGCCCUGCCCCCUUAUUACCAGCCAGAGGAGGACGACGAGAUGCCCUUUAUCUGCUCCCUGUCGGGUGACAAUGGCAUCAUGGGCUGCCACGAGAUCCCCCCGCUGAAGGAGCAGGGCCGAGAAUGCUGCCUGUCCAAAGAUGAUGUGUAUGACUUUGGGACCGGGCGCCAAGACCUCAACGCCAGUGGCCUCUGCGUCAACUGGAACCGUUACUACAACGUCUGCCGCACGGGCAAUGCCAACCCUCACAAGGGCGCCAUCAACUUUGACAACAUCGGCUAUGCUUGGAUUGUGAUCUUCCAGGUGAUCACUCUGGAAGGCUGGGUGGAGAUCAUGUACUACGUGAUGGAUGCACAUUCUUUCUACAACUUCAUCUACUUCAUCCUGCUCAUCAUAGUGGGCUCCUUCUUCAUGAUCAACCUGUGCCUCGUUGUCAUAGCGACCCAGUUCUCAGAGACCAAGCAGCGGGAGCACCGGCUGAUGCUGGAGCAGCGCCAGCGCUACCUGUCCUCCAGCACGGUGGCCAGUUACGCCGAGCCUGGCGACUGCUAUGAGGAGAUCUUCCAAUAUGUCUGUCACAUCCUUCGCAAGGCCAAGCGCCGUGCCUUGGGCCUCUACCAGGCCCUGCAGAACCGGCGCCAGGCCACGGGCCCGGGGACACCGGCCCCUGCUAAGCCUGGGCCCCAUGCCAAGGAGCCCAGCCACUGCAAGCUGUGCCUGCGACACAGUCCCCUGGACCCCACCCCCCACACUCUGGUGCAGCCCAUCUCUGCUAUCCUGGCCUCUGACCCCAGCAGCUGCCCACGCUGCCAGCAUGAGGCAGGCAGGCGGCCCUCAGGCCUGGGCAGCACAGACUCAGGCCAGGAAGGCUCUGGCCCCGGCGGCUCUGCAGAGGCUGAAGCCAAUGGGGACGGACCCCAGAGCAGUGAAGAUGGGACCUCCUCCGGCUUGGGGAAGGAGAAGGAACAGGAGGAUGGCGCAGCCCGACUGUGUAGCGACGUGUGGAGAGAGACACGAGCCAAGCUGAGAGGCAUCGUAGACAGCAAGUACUUCAACAGAGGCAUCAUGAUGGCCAUCCUGGUCAACACUGUCAGCAUGGGCAUCGAGCACCAUGAACAGCCCGAGGAGCUGACGAACAUUCUGGAGAUCUGUAAUGUUGUCUUCACCAGCAUGUUUGCCCUGGAGAUGAUCCUGAAGCUGGCUGCCUUCGGGCUCUUCGACUACCUGCGGAACCCUUACAACAUCUUUGACAGCAUCAUUGUCAUUAUCAGCAUCUGGGAAAUCGUGGGGCAGGCGGACGGAGGCCUGUCGGUGCUGCGCACCUUCCGGCUGCUGCGGGUGCUGAAGCUGGUGCGCUUUAUGCCGGCGCUGCGGCGCCAGCUCGUGGUGCUCAUGAAGACCAUGGACAACGUGGCCACCUUCUGCAUGCUGCUCAUGCUCUUCAUCUUCAUCUUCAGCAUCCUUGGGAUGCAUAUCUUCGGCUGCAAAUUCAGCCUCCGCACGGACACUGGAGAUACAGUCCCCGACAGGAAGAACUUUGACUCCUUACUGUGGGCCAUUGUCACAGUGUUCCAGAUCCUCACUCAGGAGGACUGGAACGUUGUCCUCUACAACGGCAUGGCCUCCACCACUCCAUGGGCCUCCCUCUACUUCGUCGCCCUCAUGACCUUUGGCAAUUAUGUACUCUUCAAUCUCCUGGUGGCCAUCCUGGUCGAGGGCUUCCAGGCUGAGGGUGAUGCUAAUCGCUCCUACUCUGAUGAGGACCAGAGUUCAUCCAACCUGGAGGAGUUUGACAAGCUCCCAGAGGGCCUGGACAACAGCGGGGAUCUCAAGCUCUGUCCGAUACCCAUGACACCCAAUGGACACCUGGACCCUAAUCUCCCCCUGGGUGGGCAUCUGGGUCCUGCUGGUGCCAUGGGCACUGCCCCCCGCCUCUCACUGCAGCCGGACCCGGUACUGGUGGCCCUAGACUCCCGCAAAAGCAGCGUCAUGUCACUGGGCAGGAUGAGCUAUGACCAACGUUCCUUGUCCAGCUCCCGGAGCUCCUACUAUGGGCCCUGGGGCCGCAGCGGGACCUGGGCCAGCCGUCGCUCCAGCUGGAACAGCCUGAAGCACAAGCCACCCUCAGCCGAGCACGAGUCCCUGCUCUCGGGGGAGCGUGGUGGCAGCUGCGUCAGGGCCUGUGAAGGUGCCCUGGAAGAGGCGCCACCCCGCCCGGCAACCCUGCAUGCCCCACAUGCCCACCAUGUGCACCAUGGACCCCACCUUGCACACCGUCACCGCCACCACCGCCGGACGCUGUCCCUUGAUACCAAGGACUCGGUGGACCUGGCAGAGCUAGUGCCCGUGGUGGGUGCCCACUCGCGGACUGUUUGGAGGGGGGCAGGCCAGGCUCCCGGGCAUGAGGAUUGUAAUGGUAGAAUGCCCAACAUUGCCAAAGAUGUCUUCACCAAGAUGGAUGACCGCCGCGACCAUGGGGAGGAUGAGGAGGAGAUCGACUACACCCUGUGUUUCCGCGUUCGCAAGAUGAUUGACGUCUACAAGCCUGACUGGUGCGAGGUCCGUGAGGACUGGUCGGUCUACCUCUUCUCCCCUGAGAACAAGUUCCGGAUCUUGUGUCAGACUAUCAUUGCUCAUAAGCUCUUUGACUAUGUGGUCCUGGCCUUCAUCUUCCUCAACUGUAUCACCAUCGCUCUGGAGAGGCCCCAGAUUGAAGCUGGUAGUACUGAGCGCAUCUUCCUCACGGUGUCGAACUACAUCUUCACAGCCAUCUUUGUGGGCGAGAUGACACUGAAGGUGGUUUCCCUGGGCCUGUACUUCGGAGAGCAGGCAUACUUACGCAGCAGCUGGAACGUACUGGAUGGCUUCCUAGUCUUUGUGUCCAUCAUCGAUAUCGUGGUAUCUGUGGCCUCUGCAGGGGGGGCCAAGAUUCUAGGGGUCCUCCGGGUCCUGCGGCUCCUACGCACCUUACGCCCUUUGAGGGUCAUUAGCCGGGCUCCUGGCUUGAAGCUGGUGGUAGAGACACUCAUCUCCUCCCUUAAGCCCAUCGGCAACAUCGUGCUCAUCUGCUGUGCCUUCUUUAUCAUCUUCGGUAUCCUGGGGGUGCAGCUCUUCAAGGGAAAGUUCUAUCACUGUCUGGGAGUGGACACCCGAAACAUCACCAACAGAUCUGACUGUGUGGCCGCCAACUAUCGCUGGGUCCAUCACAAAUACAACUUUGACAACCUGGGCCAGGCUCUGAUGUCCCUCUUUGUCUUGGCCUCCAAGGAUGGCUGGGUGAACAUCAUGUAUAAUGGAUUGGAUGCUGUUGCUGUGGACCAGCAGCCUGUGACCAACCACAACCCCUGGAUGCUGCUGUACUUCAUCUCCUUCCUGCUCAUUGUCAGCUUCUUCGUGCUCAACAUGUUCGUGGGCGUGGUGGUGGAGAACUUCCACAAGUGCCGCCAGCACCAGGAGGCUGAGGAGGCGCGGCGGCGCGAGGAGAAGCGGCUGCGGCGCCUGGAAAAGAAGCGCCGUAAGGCUCAGAGGUUGCCCUACUAUGCCACCUACUGUCCUACAAGGCUGCUCAUCCACUCCAUGUGCACCAGUCACUACCUGGACAUCUUCAUCACCUUCAUCAUCUGCCUCAACGUGGUCACCAUGUCCCUGGAGCACUACAACCAACCUACAUCCCUAGAGACAGCCCUCAAGUACUGCAACUACAUGUUUACCACUGUCUUUGUGCUGGAGGCUGUGCUGAAGCUGGUGGCAUUUGGCCUGAGGCGUUUCUUCAAGGACCGAUGGAAUCAGCUGGACUUGGCCAUUGUGCUGCUGUCUGUCAUGGGCAUUACACUGGAGGAGAUUGAGAUCAACGCAGCCCUGCCCAUCAACCCUACCAUCAUCCGUAUCAUGCGUGUUCUGCGUAUCGCCCGGGUGUUGAAGCUGUUGAAGAUGGCCACAGGAAUGCGGGCCCUGCUGGACACAGUGGUGCAGGCUCUGCCCCAGGUGGGCAACCUGGGCCUUCUCUUCAUGCUGCUCUUCUUUAUCUACGCUGCCCUGGGAGUGGAGCUCUUUGGAAAGCUGGUCUGCAAUGAUGAGAACCCGUGUGAGGGCAUGAGCCGGCAUGCUACCUUCGAGAACUUCGGCAUGGCCUUCCUCACGCUCUUCCAGGUCUCCACAGGCGAUAACUGGAAUGGCAUUAUGAAGGACACUCUGCGUGACUGCACCCACGACGAGCGCAGCUGCCUGAGCAGCCUGCAGUUCGUGUCUCCGCUGUACUUUGUGAGCUUUGUGCUCACGGCUCAGUUCGUGCUCAUCAACGUGGUGGUGGCUGUGCUCAUGAAACACCUGGAUGACAGUAACAAGGAGGCCCGUGAGGACGCGGAGAUGGAUGCCGAGAUCGAGCUGGAGAUGGCCCACGGCCCGGCCCCGGGUCCCGGCCCCGGCCCCGGCCCCUGCCCCUGUCCGGGCCCGAGGCUGUCCACUAGUUCACCUGGAGCCCCCAGCCAUGGAUCAGGAGGGGCAGGGGCUGGGGGUGACAACGAUGCCCACCUGUGCCGUCACUGCUGCUCUCCAGCCCAGGAGACCCUGUGGCUGGACAGCGUCUCUUUAAUCAUCAAGGAUUCCUUGGAGGGGGAACUGACCAUCAUUGACAACCUGUCCGGCUCCAUCUUCCAUCACUACUCUUCACCUGCUGGCUGUGACAAACGUCACCAUGACAAGCAAGAGGGACCUGUUGCUCAGCGCUCCAGGCCCAGGCUGCCCCAUCCCAGCCCCAGGGUGACCCGAGGCCACCACCUCCCCCUGCAGGUGCAGCUGGCUGAGACAGAGGCCUUCUCCCUGAACUCAGACAGGUCCUCGUCCAUCCUGCUGGGGGAUGACCUGAGUCUUGAGGACCCCACAGCCUGCCCACAGGGCCCCAAGGAGAGCAAGAGUGAGCUAGAGCCUCCAGAGCCCUUGCAGGCAGGAGACCUGGACGGAUGCUUUUUCUCCUUUGCCAAUGCGCCAGUGUCUGCAGGCCCAGAGAGUCUGCUGUGUGAGAUGGAGGCCAUCCCGUUCAAUCCCGUCCAGUCCUGGCUCAAACAUGAGAGCAGCCAAGCACCGCCGCCGAGCCCUUUCUCCCCAGAUGCCUCCAGCCCUCUCCUACAGAUGCCUGCUGAGUUCUUCCACCCUGCCGUGUCUGCCAGCCAGAAGGGACAGGAACCUGGCAUGAGUGCAGGGACCCUGCCCAAGAUCGCCCUUCAGGGUUCCUGGGCAUCCCUGAGGUCACCAAGCGUCAACUGCACCCUCUUGCGUCAGACAACUGUGAGUGAUACGUCACUGGACGCCAGCCCUAGCAGCUCAGCGGGCAGCCUGCAGACCACAUUGGAGGACAGUCUGACACUGAGCGACAGUCCCCGGCGUGCCCUAGGACCACCGGUCCAGGUGUCAGGGCCACGUGCUGGCCUGUCACCGGCCACCCGGCGCCGCCUCAGCCUGAGGGGGGGCCGUGGCCUGUUUAGUCUGCGUGGGCUGCGGGCCCAUCAGCGCAGCCACAGCAGCGGCGGCUCCACCAGCCCGGGUUGCACCCACCACGACUCCAUGGACCCCUCUGAUGAGGAGGGCCGCGGGGGUGCAGGUGGUGGGGGUGCAGGCAGUGAGCACUCCGAGACCCUCAGCAGCUUGUCGCUCACGUCUCUCUUCUGCCCACCACCCACGCUGCCACCCCCGGGCCUCACCCCCUCCAGGAAGUUCAGCAGUACCAGCAGCCUGGCAUCGGGACCUGGCCGUCCUGGAACCACUUUCUCCGCCCGCGGCCUGGCCAGGAGCCCCUCCUGGGCUGCAGACCGCAGCAAGGACCCACCAGGCCAGGCCCAGCAGGCCUCAGGCUUGGGCUCCUCAGCACCUGAACCGCAGCCGCCUCCUGGGGAGCUGGAGUCAGCUGAUGCUACCAGCAAGAGGAAGAGAUGAGGGGCCCACAGGGGCUGCGGGGGGACCUGCCACCCGCUGUCCGCCCGCCUGCCCCGUCUUGCCUUCUUUUACCUCAGGAGCCAGGGAGCAGACAGCAAUACUUUGCCCACACCUGGGAGUGGCAUAGGGGCCAGCCAGCACCAGGCCACUGGGCAGAUGACUGAGGAGGGUCUGGGUGAGCUGAGGCUCAGAUGUGGCCCCAUCCGUGGCCCUUCCAGUGCAUAUGCAGAUAUAUACAUAUAUAUAUAGAGAGAGACAGACAUAUAUUUAUUUAUUUUUUUUACUGAGAGCUUAUGAAUUCCAGAAAGUGCUAAAGUUGAAGGUACAGGCCAGGGCCCAGACAGGGGUCUCGUCUGUUGGUUAGGACACAGGCUUGCACAGCGCAGAUGCUCUCGCUGGGACAUCGGUGCCUGUAGUUUCGGGUAUCUCCCACAGUUGAGAGCAGCUUGGGAGGAUGUUCAGGGCCCAGGAGACAGAAGAGAAGCAAUUCAGGGUGCACUUUUUUUCCCUUUUAAAGAAGAGACGCUGCUAAGAUCCCCAAUCUCUACCCACACGUCGGGGUGUCAGUCCCUCUGAUUAUCGUGUUGUGAAGUCUUUUGUAGACGCUCUGACACAGACUUUCUUAGUUAACCAGCUAGAUGUUCUCUUUAGAAAUACCUGGGGGGGGGUUGUUUAGUCAUUUCUUAGAGCAGGGUUGGGGGAUAGGGCAGGGAGCUUAGUGUGCAGGUCAAGUUUUGACUUCUGUGAGCACUUUGGGAACAGUUCAACUCCCCAGGAAGGCAGCAAACAGGAAUAAUUCAUGCAACCCACCCUGAGCAACCUUACCCCUGCCCAGGGGUAUUUGGGGGUAACAGCAAAUCUAAAGGGGGCUCUGCACACCUGCCUAUAGCCUGACUCCAGCCUUUCCCCACCCAGGACCCCCAGCCAGUUACCUGGACAUUCACAUCCUCCAAUUCCUGCUUACUCCUGAGUAUGUCUUGCUGUUUCAAGCUGCAGGUCGGGUCUCACGAUGAUAGUGCUUCCCGGUCUCACAAUGAGUUCAGGAUGGGUGUUUUAUUUUAUUGGAAUGAUUACCCAUUUAUUUAAAAAAAAAAUACACUGCAUCGAGCCUGUGACUUUCACAGGCUCAGCUCUAAAGUGAAUGGGUUUAAAAUUAGCUUGAGGAAGAGUGGGGCAUGCUGCUGCUGGUGGCCUACUGACAAGGGUAGUGAUAUGGAUGCUCACCCAGAUCACCAAGGGUUGCCCUGGGUCCUGCUAAAAAGCAUGUGUGUAUCUUGUCCCUGCUCCCAAAUCCUGGUUUCACAGAAGUGGGCUUCUAGCCAGGCUAGUGUUGGUAGGCUCUGAGGUACUCCUAUCUGGCAUAGGGACCCUGGGGUCAGGGCACUGUGAGGGAGCGAGGAGGAAAGAAAUGUUGAGGGGUGCAAAGCCCUUCUUAGAGGUGAGGAGUGGCAAAGUGGUUGUUAAACCCGCUUUACACAUGGGAAAACUGAGGCUCUGGGUAAGUGAAACAGCCAUGCAGCCCUGGUAGCAAAGAGCCUGGGUUACCUGUGAAGAGCACUAGCCUGAACAUCUGGACUGUGCACACACAAUCAUGGUUGAAGGGAGGGUGACUCCAAGAGCCCAGUAAAGAGUUGGCUGUUGUGUAGAGAGGGUUGGCCUAGGCCUAUGGUCUUCAGGCUUUACAGUGGUGGCAUCUGAUAGCAUCUAGUACCCUCUGCUUUCUGGGUUCUGUGUUAGUCAUCUAGCUAAAUCUUCAGGGUGCCCUGUGUGUGUGUGUGUGUGUGUGUGUGUGUGUGUGUGUGUGUGUGUGUGUUUAUGCUGCUCUUCACAAUCAGCUUUCUCCCUGUCAUGACUCUGAGGCUGGGCAGAGGUGUUCAGACCCCUGUGCCUUUACAAUGGGCUGUGUGACCCCAGAGCAAGCAGAUAUGUUGAAGGGGGUUUUAGGGAAAUGAGCAAGGUUUAAUAAGCAAGGGUGGUAGCUGGGGUCCAACGGGGCAUCUAGAGAGAAUGAUUAGCUGAUCCCAGAAGCACAGAAACUACCUGGGGUGGAUGUUCCUAGGACCAAUUUGGUCUUUUGCCUGUGAGUGGGGAAUUAGGGACCAGGAAAGCUGUGAUUGGCUGGUGAGAUGAGUUGUGAUGGGCAAGGAUUGGUUUGGGCAACCCUUCUUCAACACUGUGGCUUGGGGCUGUGGCCUCAGGCCAAACCUGUCCAUCACCAAAGCACAAACUCCCCCAAUCCACAUGGGCCUGGGUGUGAGGAGAAUGGGAACCCAGGUACCAAUGCCCUAAAGCUGUUAAUUUACCAGGUGGUAUGGUGUGGAGCCUGGAGGGCAUGAGAGCAUCUGUAGGGAAGGGUGUAAAGCCAGAUAGAGCUGGCUCUGCCUUCUUGCUAUCUCCUGCUCUGGUCCAGGUAGUCCCUAUGAGGAGGAUGAACUGUGAGCAGAACUCACCCAUCUGCUUGUCCCCAAUAUUUCUCCUAGAGUUUCGAGCUCCCUGGCUCACCUCCAGUCCCUUUGGCCAGUCUGUGUAAGGGCUUGGGGUCUUAGAAACUGCUGUUUAACCCAGACACACACACACACACACACACACACACACACACACACACACACACACACACUUUUUCUUUUUCUUUUUGUCAUUGUGCAAUAAUAAGUGUCCCUGGCAGAGCUGGAGCCUGGGAGGAGGCAGAGGUCAUCUUGUCCAGAAAGCCCCCAGCCCAGCUCUGCUGCUUUGACUCUAACUUCUGGUCACUGUACAGUUUCUACAGUGUGAAUGAACUUCCCUCUUAGUUGCUGAAGGCGCUGGUCCCUGGUGGCCCAGAUGGCCCAGGAAUAGAGAAACCAAGCCCUACCGCCAGCCAGCGUUGUUUUGAAUAAAACCCCAGAAACUUAAUUUAGGACUUUC